AUGAAAACGAUCCGAAUCGAGCCUCAACAGAAUGUUGCCAGAGCCGAGUUCCAACUGCUGUCCAGCCGCAUGGAAAAGAGCAUCAAGGGAAUUACAGCAGAACUGGAAACGUCGCUGGAGUUCGUAUACCACAAACACGAAGCAGUAUGUGGACUCGUGGACUCGGCAAACGAAUGCUUCAAACCAUACCUGGUACUGACACUGGCCGGCUACAUACCUGUGAGUUGCCUUGUGUUGUACGCUCUCAUAAUUGAGGAUAUCACAUCCAUUGAUGCCGCUAUUCUGUCCUGCCUUAUGAUUUUGUCGUCGAUGAUUGCUAUCUUUGUUAUCCUUUUCGCCGGUGGACUUGUCAGUUCUAAGGCUGAUGAAAUGACUGGUCAUCUUUGGAAAAUAAAACCAGCAGCCUUAUCGGAAAGAGGACUCCAGGCACUUUCCAUAUUCGUCACAAAGCUAUGUCAUCAAUCUACUGGAUUCAGCGUAUAUGGACUGUUCACCAUCAACAUGCCUGCAAUAAUAACGAUUUUCGGGUCAAUAUUGGCUUAUUUUGUUGUGAUCAUCCAGUUUAAAUCCGCGGAAUCAAGUGUGUGCCCAGUGAACAAUUGCACAAUGCUGCCAUAA